UUAACUUUUUUUGAGUGCUUGGAGAAAUGCAGGUAGACAAUGAAGAGCAGGCAGAGCAGCAGAGCUGGCACUUUAAUUACGACAAAAUUUGCGUGAGUGAUAGUCAAAUGAUGCCGCAAGCAUCAGUCGAGUGUUGUGGCGGGGAAAUGGUAAACAAAUAAGAAAUAAACGCCACAAAGACAAUAAAUGGAAAAGAAAUUAUGAAAUGUGUGUUCGCAGUUCGAACUGUUACAACGAACCAGAGCCAUCUGACAGUCGCAGCCACACCAUCUCAGUUUAGGCCAAAACCCGUUUUCGAUGUGUGAUCUUCUGGCGGAUCGGGUUGGCUUGGCGGGUAGCUGCCCUGCUGAAGUUCAUUUAGCUGCCAACCGGCGAAGAGUUCACAACGCGGCGAGUGUCCAACAAGAAAAGCGAGCAAGAUGCCCUCCCUAUGGCUGUUAAUCUCCACGCUGGCUUUGGUUAGCUGUCAGGACUAUCACUACCACCGUCCACCCACUCCGUUCGUGGGGGAAUCCUACUAUCCACAACCGCAGCAGCCUCAAGCCACCAAGUUCGUGGUGCAGACUUUGGGUCGCACCUACGGCUUGGAAACCCAACGGGCACCGGCCAUCUAUGAGGAUCAUCAGACGCAUGUGGUGCAGGUCUUCCAGCAGCGACAAGUGCCGCAGUACCAGCCUCAGGCUCCUCGCCAGCAAUUGCACACCUCCAGCUACCAGAAUCCCCUGCUGGUCAGCACCAACUACCAGACUGGCACCGUGUCCUUGCCGCCUCCAGCUCCCGCUGCUCCUGCCCAGCCCCUGACCAGCUAUGGACCACCUCACCUGCAGCAGCAAUCGCAGCCCCUGCAACCACUGCAACCUGUAUCGGCCCAAGCCCAGACUUCCACUUACUUCCCCCAACAGCAACAGCCAGCUGCCCAGCCACCUGCUAGCUAUCUGCCACCUCAGCAGCCUGCCCAGAAACUGUUCUUCGGCAAUCCGUUCCCCUAUGCCCCAGUGACGACCGGCUCCGGGCAACAGGUCCUCGAUGCAGGACACGGCUCCGGGGUGGCGCCCAAUGAGGUGCAGGCUCAGCUGCUGCAGGCCACCGGUUCUGCGCCACCACAAACUCGAGUGGGUGACCAGGUGGGUCAGUCGCAGAGCUCCUCCUUGGACUCCUAUGACUACAAGCAGAGCACGCCCGGUGACAGCAGAGAGUACCAGAGGUUCGUGACCAGCUGCCCCGGCGGUGGAGCCUGCCAGCAGAAGGAGCUCAAUCCCGGCGAGGUGGACGACAGCCACCAGCGGGUGCUGCAGACGGUGCGAGCCAGCACACAGCCUCGGGUGGAGGGCUGCUACAAGAGCCAGGUGAUCUAUGUGCCAGCUGGAGCUGCUGUCAAUAGUCAGGGUCAGUUGCGACCAAAGAAUCGACGCACUUUCGAGCGCAAGGAGCAGGUCCUCUCCAGAUAUCCUUACAACUAAGUGCCCUCUCUAAUCACUCACCGAAUUUCAAAUCGAAUUUCACAUCGAAUUUAUUAGUUGUUAUGCCUCCUAGUUGUCAUGUUCGUUGUUUGUUGUAAAUAAAACGAUCACUGUUUAAAGUUUAAA